AUGUCGCUCCUCGAUAAAAUCAAAAAGACGGCAUCUAAAGGGAACCAGGUCUUCAAGGGCACGUCCAAUUCGGUCGCACCCCUGUCCACAAAGGAGUCGUCGACCCCCACCAGCGCCUCCAAAACCGAUAGUCCCAAGGUCGACUCGCCUGCGACACCACACGGCCACCAGUCUUCCUCAUCUGCCCCGUCGCAAAAGCUGGCCGUGGCGCCCUCCGCAAGCGCUGGUGCGGCCCUCACCCCCACAUCGGCGCCUCAGUCCACCCCUCCGGCCACCACCAUCCCACGCGCCGUAUCACAGACCAGGGUCGAGUCGCCCGAGUCUCAAUCGCAAUCCGGCAGCGGCGCUGCUCAGGCUGCCGGGGCCACAUCGCCGCCCGUUGCGGUUCCCAAGCCCAAGAUCAAGAUCGGCAUCAACGAUCUCAUCAUCGACCGCACUCUGGGCACGGGCUCAUUUGGACGCGUCCACUUGGUCCGCCUGAAGGCCACGGGCAAAUUCUAUGCCAUGAAGGUGCUGAAGAAGACCGAGAUCGUCAAGAUGAAGCAAGUCGAGCACACCGUGAACGAGAAAAGCAUCCUCGAGCAGCUGGACUUUCCCUUUCUGGUCUCGCUCCUGGGAACCUUCCAGGACUGUGCCAAUCUGUACUUUGUACUGGAGUACGUCCAAGGCGGAGAGUUGUUCACGUAUCUGCGACGCUGCGGGCGGUUCCCCAACCUGGUAGCGCGAUUCUAUGGCGCCGAGGUCAUUUCUGCUUUUGAGUAUCUCCACGAGCGCGACAUCAUCUACCGCGACUUGAAGCCCGAGAAUCUGCUGAUCGACGCCCAAGGACACAUCAAAAUCACAGACUUUGGAUUCGCAAAGGUGGUGCCGGAUGUGACUUGGACGCUGUGCGGAACUCCUGACUACCUCGCUCCCGAGAUCAUCCAGUCCAAGGGCUAUGGCCGAGCCGUCGAUUGGUGGGCACUUGGUGUCCUGAUAUAUGAGAUGCUGGCCGGCCAUCCACCCUUUUAUGAUGAGGACCACUUCAAGCUCUACGAAAAGAUCCUGGCAUGCAAGCCAAAGUUCCCGGCUCACUUUGAUCCCAACGCCAAAGACCUGGUCAAGCGCCUGCUGACAUCCGAUCUGACCAAGCGAUAUGGCAACCUCAAGGGCGGAUCGGGCGACAUCAAGAAGCACAAGUGGUUCUCGGGCCUGGACUGGCAGAAGCUCCGGACCUUGCAGAUCCCGGCCCCGUACGUUCCGCCCAGCCGAGGCGAAGGCGACACAAGCAACUUUGAUGCCUAUCCGGAGGACCACGAGCCAUAUGGCAUCAUCUGCCCCGACCCUUACCGAGACAAGUUCAGAGACUUUUGAGGGAACCAAUGCCCACGCUCGCACGCACGCCCACACGCACGGAUGCAUGCGGAUCAGUCUCUCGUACAAUCGGCACCGCACUGGCAUCGAUGCCGUUGGCCGUGGCGAAGAAGAGGGAAGGGGGGGUAUCUAUCGGCUGGACGUGAU